AUCGAUGUACCGGCAAUGGGGAAGAAGAGAGGUGCUUCUCGCAUAACGAACGAGAUGCUUAAAAGUAUUAUGUCUCGUUGGACCAAGAGAUAUCAUCCCACGGGAUCUCCCCCUCCUCUCUCAGAUCUCCUGCGUCGCCCCUCGUGCGAGCACCAUGUUUUCCGAGAUUAUCUCGUACAGCAUCCAGGUCUCAUUCCUGCUGCUACAAGUCCUCUUGCUCCUCUUCUCCGUGGCGUUGGGCAUCUGUCUCGUCCAGCUGUCUCUGUGCUACCUCAGACCACGCUUCUCACCAGUCCAGAGACUACGAGGGCCCAAGAGAACGUCAUGGAAUACGGUCACUCGGUCAAGACUGUCAUCACCGACAAAAAGGCCGUCGGCCACGUCCUCAACAACACGCACAUGUAUUGGAAACCCGAAGAG